AUGGGCUUGUGGCACAAACCAGCUGCCCUUUUGGCCAUGCUCCCAGUGCUGGGCACUACUGCGAGCCUGCAUGACUGCAUUGACCCAGGGAGAGAGUUCACGCUGAGCCGCCCCAAUCCCCCAGGUCCCAGGCUGCUGCAGCAGUUUCAGUUUUGGGAUCAGACCCAACAUCCAGAGGCAUUUUGCUUUAGCUCCAGCAGAGGUUCCAUAGCCCUGAAGCCCCAUCAUCACUCCAGGUGCGCAGGGAGGCCAGGCUGGUUCCAAACGGACCCGUCCUACAGCCUGCAGCAGCAGUUGCUUCUGGACGUGUCACUGGCAAAGCUCCAGCUCGGCCACAGGCUGGUCAAACCCAAUCUCUGCCACUCGGUGCUCACAGCAAACACAGCCCAGCAGAUUCAGGAAAAGAUGACCCAGGAUGGGACGUGGCAGGUGGUGGUGUCCCAGAGGGCCACGCGGGUGCCGCUCAACUGCCUCCUCUCCAUGCAGAUCCUGUGCAGCUGGGCGAGGGGGCAGGGGGAGGGACACUCCGCUCCUGAGCUGGGCCCAGUGUCUGAGCUUUCCCAGGUCACCUUGGCACAGGUGCCAAAGAACCCUCAGAGCAGUGUUUUGGAAACCGACAGCCCUCAAGAAAAUAGAGGAAGCUUUUGGAAGUUGCUAGAUCAGAUAUUUGAAACACUGGAGAAUAAAAAACCCAGUUCCGUGGAAAAGCUGUUUUCAGACAGGGAUGGUUCCUACUAUGACCUAGACAUGGCACUGACAGGAAUGUGUGCCCUGCGUCUGUCCUACCGUUGUAUCUUGGAA